AUGUCCCUUACCAUAGCGCUGUUCGUGCUGUUUCUUGCUUCUCUAGUCUUGCUUUUGUUUUUGAUCCCGGCGGGCCCAUGGACCAAUAGGCCCCCGCUGCCACCUGGCCCUAGGAGCAAAAUUCCUUGUAUUGGGAAUCUUGACGCUCUACCCAGAGAAGGUCAAGAAGAGCACGCUCACUGGCUAAGUCAUGGUGACCUUUACGGUCCGAUCAGCUCAGUGACAGUCAUGAGACAGACAUUCGUGAUAGUGAAUGAUGUUAAUCUAGCUUUCGAAAUGCUUGAAAGAAGAGGGGCCAUCUAUUCAUCCCGACCACGACAGGUGCUUUGCGGCGAAAUGGUUGGUUGGAACCAAUCUGUCGCUAUGUCACCUUAUUCGCAAAGGUUGCGAACUCAUCGAAAAAGCAUAAUGCGCGUCAUCGGGUCUCCGGCGGCGGCGGCUCAAUAUGAGCCCAUGCAAGAACGAGAAGCAGCUCACUUCCUAUCCCGCAUACUCGAGGAUCCUAGGAACUUGAUUGAACAUAUUCGAAAUGAGGCCGGAUCAUUCAUACUCAAUCUUGUCUAUGGUUAUCAGACCAACAAACAAGCGUCUGACCCCUUGAUUGAGUUGGCGCAUGCAGUAAUGGAGGAGUUCGCGCAAUCAUCUCUACCAGGGGAGCAUCUGGUUGACCUUGUGCCCUGCUUACGACUGGUACCGAACUGGGUACCAGGAUCCGGCUUCAAAAAGAUUGCACGGCGAUGGCGCGACAACCUGACAAAAAUGACAGAGCUGCCUUAUGCAUUUGUGAAGUAUCAGACUGAAACCCAACGAAAGUCCGAUUGCUUCUUAUCGCAGCUAAUCACUGGCGCUGCAGGAGAUGACCCGAUCCACAAGUGGACGGCUUUGUCAUUAUACAGUGCAGGAGCAGACACGACUGUGUCGGCUCUAUCAACCUUUGUUCUCGCCAUGACCUUGUAUCCUGACGUCCAAAAGAAGGCGCAGGCUGAAAUCGACGCGGUGAUUGGAAACACUCGACUUCCGACGUUUGCUGAUCGUUCGAGUCUUCCUUACAUAAACGCGCUCAUAAAGGAGGUUCUUCGAUGGCAGCCAGUCACUCCCAUGGCAUUGCCGCAUACCAAUGUCGAGAACGAUAUCUUCCACGGGUAUUUCAUUCCAAAAGGGUCAAUCGUUCUCCCUAACGUUUGGGCAUUUAUGCAUGAGCCGAGCACUUAUCACGACCCAAUGAGAUUCAAACCUGAGCGUUUUUUGUCCUGGCAGGGUCAAAUCCCGGAGCUGGACCCGCGUAAGAUGGCAUUCGGCUUUGGACGGCGACUUUGCCCCGGACGUAUCUUAGCAGAAUCGUCGAUUUUCAUCAUCGUUGCGCAGUUUCUGACCGCAUUCGAAGUCAAAUCAAGUAAGCAUGACAUGAAUGAGCAAGGCAGGCAAGAGCGCCCAAGAUUCAAGCCAGGGGUUAUCAGUCACCCAGCACCAUUCGAUUAUCAGGUUGAAGUGCGGAGUUCACAGCAUGAGACAUUGAUCCGUGGAGCUCAAGAAGUCCACCCGUGGUUGGAAAGCGAUGCACAUGUACUUUUGCAUCUCAAAUCGUGA